AUGUGCCCCGGAUUCACAACUGGCGGACAGGGUGUAGUAAACAGAAGAGCUAACAGCCAAUGCGAUAACAAACGAGCACUACGAAAGUUUGUUCAUCGAGUCAAAGAGAACAUCGGGAUGGUUGAACGAACGGAAUUCUCAAAAGAGCUUAGUGAUGCUUUUGAGCAAUUGGACAACUACAAGCUGUGUCUCGAUGGUCUCAAUGAUGCUGUCUGCCAAGUUAUCCAAAGGAAUCCAGUAUUUCGUAAAGUGGACCAACAAAUGAGCUUAGCGCCUCCUCCAAAUCAAGAUCCAUACGAGUUGGUAACAGCGUGCUUAAAAAGCGGUAAUGCAUUUGAAGAUUACAAGAAUUUCAAAACUCAAGUCUCCUUAUAUGAAAAGCAAGCUGUUGAACAUCGAGAGUACAUUCGCCGGGCCAGGCGAGCACUGCACAACAUCCGCACAUUUGUCGCAUAUCAGCUUGGAUAUAAGCUAUUUUUAGAACUGGAUAAUCUACGUAUAGAAAUGGAUUUUGCUAAAGCAGAAGUUAAAGCCGCGAAAGAACCGCAGCUCAUAGAUCUGAAGAACAAACUGUACUCUCAAGCUGUGAAAGCCGUUCAAGAUAAGCUCAAAGAGGUCACCAAAACUGUAUGGAUGCAGUCCCCAAAAACAAAGAACUCAGCUUAG